UGGAGUGUAACACUAUGAUGCAGUUCAGGCCUCGAGCAAGGUAGCUGUGGAGUUACUGAAAUGUCAACCAGGCCCUUCCCUGGUCACGUGACCUGAUCACAUGACCUCAUCACAUCUAUCCCUGCCUCCCAUCCACAUCUGGCCGAGCGACGGACUCCGACAGCCAGCUGGGACGCCGUCCUCACCGAACACACGCACAGGACAUCUGUUCCCGUGGAAAACUCUUCUCUCUUGCAUCUCGUCUACAAGCUUCUGAAUACAAGCCAUUUUGAUGUGACAGAUCUGAUGGGUUCCAUCCUGUGCAGGAAAUAAGGAUCCCAGACUCCCGCAACCAACCGGGUGCCAGUUCUGCCUGGGUUGGAGUAAGACGCAGUGCGAUAACGUCAGGACUUUGAACUGUGAGGUAGGGGACGGAUUACACCAUCAGAAAUUUUGAUCAGAAAAGCAGCCCAGCCUCAAUCACUGCAAUCCUGCCCUUGGAGAAGGUCACAUUGAGAAUUUUUUACCUCCGAUGAAAGGACCUCGUUAGUAGGAUUGCCACAAAUUACAACUGUCGGGAGGAAAGGGGAAUCGUUGCUGUGUUGUAACAGAGCCACAUAUUCGAGACCUCGUCUGUAUGCAACGCUGCAAAGCAUCAUCCUUGAGGAAGGUUACAAUCGGAGAGUGUUAUCUGCCAUCAGCUGUCCGUGAUUGAGAUGCAGCGGGGCAGUCUCUCGUUCUGAGUUGCUGGGAUAUCCUCUCAGUCUGCUCAGGUGAGCAACUGCUGCAUGGAGUCGCCGGCAAAAUUACCGGGCAACAAGAUUUGUGGCUGGCGGGAAUGAGUUUUGGGAUGACAUUACGGAGAGCUGUAAUUCCACUGUGAAUUCAGCGCCCAUUAUUGAGGAACGUCACAUCAAUUAUUCAUUACCCCCACACUCACUGUAGGCAGAGGGUUUCCAAUCCUGACUGAUACAACAUGGAGAACGAGGAAUUCUCAAGAAAGUCUGAAAAGCUGGGCUUGGUGGACCGGGAGGGGAAUCGCUCUUACACUCAGCCGCAGCCUGAACUAGAUGGCGAGCUGAAGAAGGAUCCGGAAAAGGACAUUGAUACGACAAAACCAAUCAAAGCUCCCAAAGAUGUGGUACCGGAUCUCUCCCCCACCACUCAACUUGCACAUGACUAUGAGAAUGCACUGCAGGAGGCAGGCUUUGGCAGGUACCAGUGGACAUUGUUCGCUGCCCUGGGCAUGGGCUUGGCGGCUGACGGAGUAGAAAUAUUUGUGGUGGGAUUCGUUCUGCCCAGUGCAGAGAGGGACCUCUGUCUCUCCGACCAGAGGAAAGGAUGGCUAGGUGGCAUCAUCUUUCUUGGUAUGAUGAUUGGUGCAAUCAUCUGGGGCAGUGUGUCCGACAAGCUGGGGAGGAAAAUAACGCUGCUUAUCGCUCUCGGCACCAACGCGCUCUUCGCUGUGAUCUCAGCGUUCUCCACAGGAUAUGGCUUCUUCAUGUUCUGCCGCUUCUUCAGUGGGAUAGGGAUUGGUGGUUCCAUACCCAUCAUCUUUGCCUACUAUAGCGAGUUCCUCCCCACCAACAAACGUGGCGAGCACCUGAGCUGGCUGUGUCUGUUCUGGAUGGCAGGAGGGGUCUACGCCUCCGGGUUUGCCUGGGCCAUCAUCCCUCAUGCAGGUUGGGCGCUGAGCAUGUCAGGUAUCCACAGCUGGCGUGUGUACGUGUUUGUGUGCUCCAUCCCCUGCAUCCUAUCCUUCAUCUCCCUCUUCUUCAUGCACGAGAGCCCACGCUUCCUUCUGGAGGUCAACCAGCAUGACGAGGCCAUCAAAAUCCUGAAGAAGGUCCACGAUGUCAACCAUCGCUUCCAGGAGGAGCUGGUAUAUCAGGUGACCAAGAUUGACCUGCCACCACCCAAGAAUGAUGAGUCCACGUUUGUGGAGAUCACAGAAGACACGACAACCUCCGCUGGCAGGUGGUUCGUCAGGGUCAAGACGUUCAUCGUCCCUGCCAUGAAGAACAACUUGGAGCUGUUUAAGAAGGACUAUCGCCGUACUACUCUCCUGCUCCUGGCUGUGUGGAUCUCCCUGGCAUUUGGGUACUUCGGACUGAUUGUGUGGUUCCCAGAAAUGAUCAAACAUAUCCAGAUCCAGCGCUACCUCGGAGAGACCGACCAGCUGUUUGACCAAUCCGUGUCCAACGUGAACGUCACCAAGGACUUCCAGAACCGCGCGUACUUCAACAGCAACUUCACCAACGUGUGCUUCGACAACCUGAACAUCAAACACGUGACAUUCUCCAACUGUCUCUUCACAAACUGUUCCUUCAACAAGGUGUCGUCGAGCGAGCUCUUCUUCCGAAACAGCAGAAUCAGCAACACAAUCUUCAACUACACAGACUUCUUCGACUACAAGUUCAUUAACACCGUACUGGACAACUCCUUUUUCUACAACUUGCGGAAAGGCUGUCGUCUGGACUUUGCUGAGAACUACAGCGCGUACUGGAUGUACUUCGUGGCGUUCGUUGGGACGUUAGCCGUGCUGCCAGGCAACAUCUUCUCUGCCCUGAUGAUGGACCGGAUAGGAAGGCUGUACAUGCUGGUUGGGUCGAUGGCGAUCUCCGCAGUCAGCGUGUUCUUCAUCUGGGUGGGGAACUCAGAGUCCAACAUUGUGGGCAUGUCCUGUCUGUUCAACGGAGUCACCAUCAUGGCCUGGAACUCGCUGGACGUCAUCACAACAGAGCUGUACCCCACCGGGAAAAGGUCAACUGCCUUUGGCCUGCUGAAUGCGAUGUCCCGUAUCGGAGCAGUGAUCGCUAACGUGCUGUUCGGCCAGAUGAUUGGCAUCAACAAGGCAGUUCCCAUCCUCCUGACUGCCGCCAUCCUCGGCUCCGGCGCUGGGGCCGCCUGGAAACUACCAGACACGAAAAACGUGGCCCUGACGUGACGUAAUCGUUGCUGCUAGCCGACCGUUUGGCCCUGAGUCUUGCCAAGAAUUAAGAAACGAGUCUUAAAGGAGGAGUGUUAUCUCCAGUGCUCACUGGCUUAUGUCUGUACUUAAGUCACAUUUAUGUUGAAUCACUGUGAUAAAAGAAUUCCCAAGAUUAUCAAAAUUAGAAACAUUUUUGCUAAAAGAGAGGUAUUGUUUAGAUUGCAUGUUUAGGAGAUUAUCACUUCUGACCAUAACAGUCAAUUCUGUUUUGUGAAAGUCAGGUUUCCAUGAAACCCCUUUUGUAACCUCGUAAAGUAGGUUCCAAAGUCAGCUAUGUGAUGUGUUUUUUUCCUUGUGAAGAGGGUUACUCUAGGGUUGACCAAUGGAAAUGCAAGUUUCCAAGAGUGUAACUUAGACUGAACUAGAUUAUUUGAACCAAUGAAUGUGAAGAUGACCAAUCAGGCAAGCCAAAACAAAAAAGUAGGACAAAUGUAUUGUGUAAACUGACUGUUUAUUGGGUGAAGAAAUAUAUACAUAUAUAAAUAGAUAGAUGAGUAGAUAGCUGUAUUGUACAUAAGAAAAGAGCUUAUUAUAUUGGUGCUCUUGAUGAAUAACUUAAGAGAUACAUGUUAGUUUGGGAUGGUGAACAGUCAGUUGUGACAUGGCUUAGACCCGUGCUGGAAAAUGGGGGCAAAGUAAAGCAUUAACAGCUGCACUAGUUGUAGUUCUCAAAAUGGCUCUUUUCCAAUACACAAAGUUCUUAUUUGGACCACCCCCCUGUCGCCACAAAUAAAAUCAUGAACUCUGGUAAAGGUGAAAUUUCUAGAAUACCUUUGAGCAAAUCAGACUCUUCCUUGAGGUGUUGCCAAAAAAAAUCUAGUUGGAGCACUGUCACCAGUCUAAGUUGUGUCACCAUAGAUUGCACAUAUUCUCAAAGUAUGGUGUAUCCUUUCUGACAUGCACUAAGUGAAGAGUUAUAGUCAAGUGUGUCACUGAAAAUAUCAAAAAGUGGUGCUAGCUUAGAUCUGAGAGCUGUGGAAGUCAUCACAUGGUCGUGAAAGCUUGGUACGACUGAAUUCUAAGUGUAUAUAGCUGUUGUAUGUCCACACCCUCGUACAGACUUGUGUGAUAUGCUAACAGAGGUUAUAAAGUGAUGUAUUUAGUGGUUUGGGAAAAGCGUUUUCCCUUGUAGAAAGUUUUAAUCAUUGUCUGUAUUGCUGCGCUGUGAUAGAGUCCUGUAUAUGAUAGACGAAAGUGUUUAUGAUACGCUGUGAAAUUAAGAUGUUCUCUUAAGGGUCCUUGUAUCAAAGUUGUAACUCUGUGAACAAUAUGCAGAAGAUGUUGUUCAUCCUAUUGAAGAUAAAAACAAGAUGGUCGUGGAAGACAUGCAGCUCUAGAAAUCAAAAUGUACAUUCAAAAUCUGCAGCAACAAAGUGUGGGCUGCUAUCUGCCAGAUGUAUUGACUGACCCUGUCAAUCAUGAUUAGCAGUUCAACCAAUCAUAGCAUGGCAAUUAGCGAUUUGACCAAUUAGAGUAGGGCCUUACAGUACUCCAACAUGGCAGUAGGGCCCAGCUAUACUGCUACAUGGCAGUACAGUAUCAUGUUUAAGAUUUGUCUGUAUGGGGUGACAGUAUGUCAUUGCUGAUUCUGUAUGUGACCUUAAAAAACAGCCAUGGGUAAAUAUGCAAAUCAUAUGCAGCUUCUCUUGCAAAUAUUGGUAAAAUGUUGUACUUUGGGAUUGCAAAAGCCAAAAUAACCAGAUCAGAUAUUAAAGAGGACUGUACUGAAAUGUUUGAUAAAUAAAUGUAGUUGCUUGUACUUCAGCAACUAGAGGUGUUCAGGUUUGACUUGAACCCCUUUCUAGAACAUGGUAUCAACCAUGUGUCAGGUAUUUGCUGAGAGCAUUUAAGGCUAACCAAUGUUCAAUGUAGGGGUGCUGGUAUAGAUCAAUCAUUUUCAAUGGUGGCAAAGUUUUCAUUGUGUUCCGUAUUGCUUGAUUUUUAACUAAGAUUUUGCAAUAAAGGUAUUGAAUAAAAGUCUUGAGUGCACCUAUGGGAAAUUUUAACGAGGUUCUCCAAAGGUUUUACAGGCAACCACUGGUACUGGGGCAAUACAUUGUCAUCAAUAUUAUGUAAAGAUGAUUUUUCUUCUGGUACUGGAGAACCAUUUCCAUAGACUGUCUCAAAGAAGUAUUGUAAAGCAAGGAGAACUUUUAAUGAAGCUUGGUGGCACUGUGGUUAAAUGUGAAUCCUAGACUUUAUUUUUCACAGUUACUGUAUUUGCCAAUGGUAUGGUAGUGUAGUGUAUACAUGUACAUGUACAUGCAGCCAUUUCUUUAUCUUCUCUUCAAGUUAUUCUCUGUAUCUCUGUGUUUGAUUUGUGAGGGAAUUCAUUUUGAUGGAAAUAUUUAGCAGUCAAUGAUUCCAGUCAGAGUCAAAGCAUUUGAUGGAAAAGUAGAGUUGUAACAGUUAGUGUGUUGUAACAUGCAGGCAAACAAGUGUGUGUUCCCGAGAAUAAGAAAAGAGCCCAGACUUUAUUGUACAGAACUAGAUGUAAUGUUCAAUAUGGUAACACCGGUGUAUGCAUCAGGUUGUUUUUAUGUUUUGUAGAAUGAUGCUUUGCCCAUAAUUGUGAUUAUAUUGAGAUAAGAUGUGUUUUCACUGGUCAGUGAUAGAAAGAUGCACGAAGCAAUGUGACUUAUAAUGAAAAUGUGCUGCAAAAUGCUUAAUAUUAGCACAGAAGACCUGAAGCUGUAAAAGAAUGUGACAUGAAAAUAUGAAUUUAAAGGAUUGAAUAUUGUUGAUGGAAAGACCAAAGUUGUAAAGCUUUUGUGGUCCGAAAAAAAAUGAAAUCACUUCUUUAGAAUGUAGAUAACAGCAAUUGUACGACAAUGUGUAUGAACUAGACUUCUUGUAUGAUUUGUAGUCACUUCUGUGGGACGUUGUGAGGCCGACGUUUCUGUAUGUGUAGGUGUAACAAUAAAGUAUAGUGAUGUAAA